AUGAUCGAACCGCGUGCGGCGAAGAAGCCAAAGCCACCCAAUGCGCGGCAGCUCCUGAAUGAAUGGAAUGUCAAGGUAUAUGCAGGAGUCAUUGCCGGUGUCAUCGCGGUUCUCAUUCUAUAUAAUUGGGCGCAACGGAUUAGACGCAAAACCUCAAAUUCGCCAAGAACUGGCCCGCCUUCGUCCCUUGCCAAGGCUUCUCGGAUGGCGACCGCGAACAUUUCACUGUGCGUCUUCUUCGGUCUGAAAAAUACUCCCCUCGGUGUCUUGACCGGGCACUCCUACGAGCGGCUCAACUUCUUCCACCGUCUGGCUGGAUACGCGGCCGUACUUCAGAUGCUCCUCCACGCCAUCUCCUACAUGGUGUAUUACGGAAUGCAGAACCGGUGGAGUAGCAUGCUCGAGGCGCAAAAUUGGGAGGGCAUUGGCGCAGGCUCGGCCUUGCUCCUCCUGCUCAUGGGUUUGGCCCGGAAUCUGGGCUACGAGUGGUUCUACGUGAGCCAUCUGGUGGGAUUCCUGCUUGCCGUGAUUUUCAUUGGCCUUCACCGGCCCUACUGGAUAUGGAAGAUCCCUGUGGCAAUGGUCUUCGUCGCCGCGAUCUGGGGGCUUGACCGUCUCAUUCGAGCGUCGAGGAUGCUGUACAACCUUGUCAACAAUAGUGCCACCAUUUACCGGUUGCCUGACAACGGCGUUCGUCUGGUCAUCAAGAAGCCUCUUUCAGGUGCUAUUCCGGGCUCGCACUGCUUCGUUUGGAUCCCCGGCAUCCGGCCAUUCCAAACACACCCCUUCACCAUCGUGUCCAACACACCUCACGGGGGUUUGGAGCUGGUCCUCAGCUCUUAUGAUGGUUUCACCAAGGCUCUGCAUGAUAGAGCCAGCAAUGAGACCGGAACAACAGUGUGGGCGUCUGUCGACGGUCCCUAUGGAGCAUUCCCAAAUCCUAAAAACUACGAGAAGGUGAUCUUGAUUGCUGGCGGCAGUGGUGCUACAUUCACCUUCGGUUUGGCUACCAGCCUGCUUCAGCACUUGGAAACCCAAACUCAUAUGCGUGUUGACUUCAUCUGGGCUGUCAGAAAGAGGGAAUGGUUCACGGAUCACCUUCAGUCACUGAGCCAACACGGUGCAGGGCUGAACGUAUUAUUGCACGUUACCCGAGAAGGUUCUAUGACCUCCUUAAGCGAGUCGUCGGAACUAAAUGCCCCAUUGCCCACUUCCCUGAAGUCACCGAAUGAGAAAGUUGAAGCCCUCUUGCCAGAACCUGGCACGGAACAGAGCAAGGAAACUUUCCCCUCGAAAACGACAGUACCACGGAGAGACAGCUCUGUGGGUCUUGAGGGGCUGUGCGAUAUCAAAUUCGACAAGUUGAGAGCCGGCGAAGCCAUUACCCAGACACUACAGUCAGCUGCGCCUGGUCAGCGGGUUUUGAUAGCUGCUUGUGGCCCGCCGUCUCUGACUGACGUUGUUCAGAAUGCAGCCUCAUGCUGCAUUGCCUCGGGCGAAAUCAGUAUAGAUGUACACUGCGAAAACUUUGGGUGGUGA